AUGCCAGAGCCAGCUCUGGUGGGCCCCGAGGUCUCCAGGGUGGCAGCGCCGGGGCUGGGCUGCGCGGAGGAGGCGUCCUCCCCGGCCAGGGGCGGCGGCAGGGGCGGCUCCGGGAUCACAUGGGCGGAGGCAGGUCCUGGAGCCCCGGGCGGGCUCUCCCCAGAGUCGGGCAGACGGCGGCAGCGGCGGCAGCGGGCGGCGGUGUCUCCACACCUUCCCUCCUUCCCCUCCCUUCCCUACCGGGCCUGGCCUCCCAGCCCGACGAGUGAGAGCGAGCCAGGUGAGCGGGAGCCAGGUGAGCGCGCCCACCUGCGCACCGUCCGCACGGCCGACGAGCUUCCCGGCUCCGGGGACCUCGCAGCUCUGCGCGCCGCGUCCCCUCUGCGCAGCUCUCAGAGCUUUGGCUCUUUCCUCCGCCCACGGCCUGCAGCCUCCCUAGAGGCUGGUGCCCCGCGUGCUGAGCUUUCCUGGUCCCGGGCGCUCCUCCUCCAGCCCCCGGCCCGGGUACUUUGGCCUCGGAGCACAGAAGGUGCCAGAACUGGGAGAGCCGGGCCGACGGGCUGGGCACCUCCCCGGGGCCCGGGCGCGGAGUCCACAGGCAGGCUCAAAGAUAUGGCCCUAACAGUGGAUGUGGUGGGGCCAGGGCCCUGGGGCUUCCGGAUCACCGGGGGCAGGGAUUUCCACACACCUAUCAUGGUGACCAAGGUAACUGAGAGGAGCAAGGCUGAGGCUGCUGACCUCCGGCCUGGAGACAUUAUUGUGGCCAUCAACGGGGAGAGUGCUGAGGGUAUGCUUCAUGCUGAGGCCCAGAGCAAGAUCCGCCAGAGCCCCUCACCCCUGAGGCUGCAGCUAGACCGGUCUCGGGCUGCUUCCCCCCAGGAGACCAAUGGGGAAAGCUCUGUGGAAGGGCUGGCGACUCGCUUCCAGGGCUCCGUGAGGACGCACACUGACAGCCAGUCCUCCCUGAGGUCUUCCUGCUCCAGCCCAGUCUUUUCCAGCCCCCAGCCCGGCAGCCCGUUCUCUGCCCUGCCCCCCACCAGCCCGCAGGCCCUCCCUGGAGAGACCGUUGUCAGCCGCAGUUUCCAGAGCCUGGCACAUUCCCCGGGAUUGGCUGCUGCUGACCGCUUUUCCUACGGGGGCCACCCCAGAAGUCGACCGGAGGCUCUGGAGGCUGAAGAGAGAGGUGGCACACCUGCCUUCCUGCCCAGCUCGCUGAGCCCCCAGUCCUCCCUGCCCACCUCCAGGGCCCUGGCCACCCCGCCCAAGCUCCACACGUGUGAGAAGUGCAGCACCAGCAUUGUGAACCAGGCUGUGCGCAUCCAGGAGGGGCGGUACCGCCACCCAGGCUGCUACACCUGUGCGGACUGUGGGCUGAACCUGAAGAUGCGUGGGCACUUUUGGGUCGGAGACGAGCUGUACUGCGAGAAGCAUGCCCGUCAGCGCUACUCCUCGCCCCCCGCCCUCAGCUCCCACGCCUGAGUACCCGGCUAGGUUCUCAACCUGCUCUAGACCGCGUAGGCACCUGUACACCAAUAGCAAGUUGGCAUGGAAGGGUGGUGGUUGGUGGUGGGGCCCCUGCCUCCAGGCUGGGUGAGGCUAGAGCCUGGGACCUGUGAUGGGCUGUGGAUGAGGACAGCCUCACCAUCCCAGGCCUCUGCUAGAUACUCACUUCCUCCUGUAGAACAGGCUGUACACCAAAGUGUGAGGUGGGCACUGCAUUGGAUAUCUUUGUGCAACAGGGAUUAAGCAGGUUGGGAUACAGAGAUAAAUAUGUAGAAAGAGAGGGAUAGGUCAGAGGUUAAAGGUAUUCACUCUGUAAAGUUUUCAGCAUAUGAACUCUAUAAAUAUACAUAUAUGGAUGAAA